CGGCGGCCGGGCCGGCACAUGGACACACGCACAGAGUAGCUUCACGUUCCCGCAUUAUGUUGUUAUCAAACAGCCGCCUCCUGCUCCGGUGCUGCCGCCUGGGAAAUGGUUCAUUAAUCUCUGCCAGAGCAUGCACGGACAGUACGGCUACCCGUAAGGGUAACCCGCUGGUGUACAUGGAUGUGACGGCGGACAACCAGCCUCUGGGGCGGAUUGUUUUCGAGUUGAAAGCAGAUGUGGUGCCUAAAACUGCUGAAAAUUUCCGAUCGCUAUGCACUGCUGAAAAGGGGUCUGGUUAUAAAGGAUCCACGUUCCACAGAAUAAUUCAGAAUUUUAUGUGCCAGGGUGGCGAUUUCACAAAUCAUAAUGGCACUGGAGGGAAAUCUAUUUAUGGAAGUCGCUUCCCAGAUGAGAACUUUAUACUGAAACACACAGGACCAGGUAUUCUCUCAAUGGCUAAUGCUGGUCCAAACACAAAUGGAUCUCAAUUUUUUAUUUGCACGGUGAAAACAGAAUGGCUGGAUGGCAAACAUGUGGUCUUUGGAUAUGUGAAAGAUGGCUAUGAUGUAGUCAGGAAAAUGGAAGCCUGUGGGAGCAAGAAUGGACGUCCUACCAAAAAGAUUGUUAUAGCUGAUUGUGGAGAACUUGAUUAAAGUCUAAUCCUUCCUGGAUCUGGAUCACCUUGUAGCUGUGAAUUUCUAAAACCACUUCACUUUUGUGGGAUCUUGUAAUGUGAUUUGUGCACUUACUGUACAAUGGAAAGUUGUUUACAUAGGUACAACUAAAGACUUCACAAUGUCACUUACCUCAGCCUGAAUGUCUUGUUUCAUUGCCUGAGUAGCUGGCAGAAAUACUGUAAGUGUGUGAUGCUAAUGAGCACUGUUUACUGGAAUCUCCUGAUUUUAAGAACGUUAACACUUACUUACCCAUAACAGAAUAUAUUUGAAAUGCAAACCUGCUCCUUGGUAGUAUUAAAUUAUUAUUUUGUA